AUGUUUAUCUUUGUCUUCCAGAAUUCUGUUAGAUUUACCGUUAUUGCGGCAGUGUAAUGCCAAGACAUUAAAAGAAAUCUGAAAAAGUGAAUCACAAAUGGCUACCCAAGAAGAAGCCCUGCCUAAUCAACCUGAGGGCAUUGAAGGAGGCCUGAGGAAGCGCUUAACAGUUGCUGGAAAUGUGGAAACAGCUGCAACAGAGUGUGCUGAGGCCAGUGAACAGGAAGCAGUUGACGGACCUAACUCGGAGCUUGACUCUGAUGACGACCACAGCAGCCUGGUAGAGCCCAAAGUGGAGGUGUUGAGCAGCCUGCCUCAGGGUACAGAUCACACACCACACGUUCUGGCAUGCCUCUUACCUGAUCUUCCUCCACGGUGGCGCAACUGGGUUAUUCGUGGGGUCUUCACAUGGCUCAUGAUUGGCUUCUUCUGCCUGAUCAUCUGGGUGGGGCCUUUGGCUCUCAUGGCCACAACACUUGUGGUGCAAGUUUGGUGCUUCAAGGAGAUCAUCAACAUCGGCUAUACCGUUUACCGCAUGCAUGGCCUGCCUUGGUUCCGCUCUCUGUCUUGGUGGUUCCUGAUCACAAGCAACUACUUCUUCUAUGGCGAGAGCCUCGUGGCCGACUACUUUGGGGUCAUCUUCUCCAAGAGUGCUUUACUGCGGUGGUCGAUAUCGUAUCACCGCUUCAUCUCGUUCUUUAUGUACAUCAUUGGCUUUGUAUGGUUUGUGCUGUCACUGAAGAAGCGUUACUACAUGCGUCAGUUUUCCCUCUUUGCCUGGACUCAUGUGGCGCUGCUUAUUGUCGUCACGCAGAGCUACCUCAUCAUCAUCAAUAUCUUCCAGGGUAUGAUUUGGUUCAUUGUACCGGUAUCGAUGAUUAUCAUCAAUGACGUGAUGGCGUACAUGUUCGGUUUCUUCUUUGGCAAGACGCCACUCAUCCAACUCAGUCCAAAGAAGACCUGGGAGGGCUUCAUUGGUGGCGGUAUCUCUACCGUCAUCCUGGGCAUGCUAAUGUCAUACGUCAUGUGCCAGUUCAGCUUCUUCACGUGCCCUGUGGAGUACAGCGAGGCGGCCGACAGCCUCAACUUCUACUGCGAGCCUCCGCCUCCUGCGUUCGUCCUCACCGAGUACUCCUUGCCACCGUCACUCGCCAGGAUCUCAUGCAUGAUGGGCGGCUCCGAGAGUUUCCUGAUGUACCCGUUCGUGUUCCACUCGGUGGCGCUGUCGCUCUUCAGCAGCGUCAUCGGUCCUUUCGGGGGCUUCUUUGCCAGCGGCUUCAAGCGUGCCUUCAAGAUAAAAGAUUUUGGUGACGUGAUUCCUGGGCACGGUGGCAUGAUGGACAGAUUUGACUGCCAAUUCCUGAUGGCCACUUUCGUCAACGUCUACAUCUGGUCCUUCAUCUCUGAGGUGUCGCCUCAGAAACUCCUGCAGAAGGUGUACCUCAUGAAGCCUGACCAGCAGCUGCAGAUGUUCAACCUUCUGCAGGAGUCUUUACUUUCGCGAGGAAUCCUGCAGCCUUAAACUCUAACGUCUGAAGUGCUGCUGCUGCUGCAUGCAGCUCUGUAUUUCUUCCUGUAUCCCCGCCUCCUUGCGAACUCUACCAACAAGGCAAAGGAUCUUAUGUUUUCUACUAACCGACUUCAGAACGAGUUAACAGCUGCUUUUUAAUUUCAUCGGAUUAAAUUGAAAUGCAAUUGCUACUUUUAAAAUUUGAACUACAGCGAUUAUAACAGCUCAUUGUUUCCUUACGAGCUGCAUUCACUUAUGUCUACCACACGGUACUUGUUUUCUUCACCAUCAGGUCAUACUGAAAACGUCAAGCAUCUCCCUGCACUGGCGCGCUUUGGAAAAGUGUCCAGAGCUUUACUGCUGUCGUCAGUUGAUUUUUGUUAUGACAAGGAAAUAAUGUUGUCAUGUCACGGAAAUUAAUCGGGCUUGGUGACCGAACUCCAAUAAAUUCAAUCGGUGCUCCUGACAACUAUUUCAUAAGUUGAUCUUGCAGUGUUUUAAAUUUAUCGCUUUGCGCCAAUCUUCUAGAUUGAUUUUAUUUCAGUAGUAUUCUUAGCUCAACACGGUGUUAUGGGGGAGCCGUGUGUUAAGUUUUGAAAGCGCGCCGCAAGUUUUUUGACGUUAAUCGAGUCUAGUAGUUAUUGCAAGUAACUGAAUUUGAUUAAACUAGUUAUUGUUUUAUGAAAUAACAUCAGAUUCGGCCAAUCUGGAAAAUCUUUAAGACGUUAUUAUAAAGUUAUUUUGAUGGUUGUAGAAAAUAUUUCCUAUCUAAAAUAAGGUGAAUGAUACUAAGCUGUUGAGUAAAAAUAUGUAUUUGCUUAUGUAAGGAAUUUAAAUAGUUGAAAUUUUAUUGCUUCUGGGAAACAAAUUGAUAGUUUUUUCCCUCUUCAAAUUUAAUCGGACUAAGGUAAAGCUUAGCAAAUUUGAGGCUUGACUUGGAUGACUGAAGUAUGGAGGAGAUUUUUCACAACUUUAUGUGAUGUUGGUAAUGAUAUUCACUAUACGAAUGAGCUGAAGAAUUGUAUGGCCCAUUCAUUACUUUGCACACUAUACCCACUUCAGUUUGAAAACUAUUGAGCUUAUGUUAUCACAAUAUUAUUUUUCAAGCUUGUUUCAGAGAACAGGGUAUCCUGAUGCCAGUCCGCUUUCAAGUCUAAUGUUUCGUUCUUUUAUAACAAACUGUGUUGCUAGAAUCGCUCAUCACCCUGCCAUUUCCCUUGAUGCUUGCAAACAUUUUACUCACACUAACUUUAUUAAAAUUAAAAAGUAAUUGUUGAAGGAUCAGAAUAGCUUUAUUAAAAAUAAUGGUUAAAGGACAUGAAGCUAUGCGAUAACAUUAUUGUUCAAUGUGUUCUAAUCUAUAAAUUAUGUGCAAAAUUUAGACUUCUUAGAAUUUGAACGGGAAAGGCCUUGAAAAAAAGUUACUUCCUCGUUCACAUGGAAAAGCUGUUCUGUUGACAAAGGUUUAAUGACUUUGAAUUUCGUUUCGCUCUCUGCAGCAAAUAUUUAGGAUUAUUUCUUUUGUAAUUUCAAAUUAUUUAUAAUCGUUGAACUUUGAAUGAUGUUUCAUGAAAAUUAUAAAGCGUGUAAGCGUGUAUCUAAAUCUUAAUACGUCCCAUGACCAGAUAUAAUUUAUUCUCGUGAACAAGUUUGACUCACGAGAAACUCGUCUCUGUAUUGUCUAGUGUAACAUUACGUAUUUCGUUUAAUUGUUCUACAUUGAAGUCAUGAGCAGUUUUCUGCAGUUUCAAAAGCAUAUUCCCGUGUAGUAUUUCAUACGAGGUGAAUUACAUAUUAAUUUCUACUUAUCGACAAGUUAAGAAUUUUAAUGAGAUCAUAAUAAGUUUACAAUGAAUCGCUGUUCUCUCAUUUGUGAAAAUCGGGCAUGUUUUCAA